AUGAACACUCGCUCCAGGAAAAACAGGCGCUCUAAGACUAUUGAGGAAGAAGAAGUUCAUGAAAUAAUAAAUUCUCAAACUGAAAUUCCUGCUGCUGAAGAACAACAACAACAACAACAUGAACAACAACAACAACAGCAACAAAAUGCAGAUGGUACCAGUAAUGGAGGGUUUCGUGUUAUUCAAGUUCUGGAGAACUAUGGUAUUGCUUCUUCAGAUAUUAAAAGAUUAAUGGAAUCUGGUUUCUACACUGUGGAAUCUGUUGCAUAUGCACCCAAAAAGAAUAUUUUAGCUGUGAAGGGUAUCAGUGAUGGAAAAGCUGAAAAAAUUAUGUCCGAGUGUGCAAAGUUGGUUCCAAUGGGUUUUACAUCUGCCGUUGUUUACCAUGAAGCUCGAAAAGAAAUUAUUAUGAUCACUACAGGAAGUCGAGAAGUAGAUAAAUUACUCGGUGGCGGAAUUGAAACUGGUAGUAUCACAGAGUUAUUUGGAGAGUUUCGUACCGGAAAGACACAGUUGUGCCAUACACUCUGUGUAACUUGCCAAUUGCCCAUUUCACAAGGUGGGGCGGAGGGAAUGGCACUUUAUAUUGAUACCGAAGGUACAUUUCGACCAGAACGACUUGUUGCCGUUGCGGAGCGUUAUAAAUUGGAUCCACAAGAUGUUCUUGCCAAUGUGGCUUGCGCUCGUGCUUUUAAUACAGAUCAUCAACAACAAUUAUUAUUACAGGCAUCUGCUAUGAUGGCUGAAAAUCGUUUUGCCAUUAUUAUUGUGGACUCCGCAACAGCUCUUUACCGUACGGAUUAUAGCGGUCGAAAUGAGCUUGCAGCCAGACAAAUGCACUUGGGGAAAUUUCUUCGCUCACUUCACAAUUUAGCGGAGGAGUACGGUGUGGCUGUGGUCGUCACUAAUCAGGUCGUUGCCAACGUGGAUGGAUCUGCACAGAUGUUCCAAGCAGAUGCAAAGAAGCCAAUUGGCGGUCAUAUCAUGGCACACGCAUCGACCACACGUUUGAGUCUUCGCAAAGGAAGAGGAGAACAACGUAUUAUGAAAGUGUAUGAUUCUCCUUGUCUUGCUGAGGCGGAGGCGAUAUUUGGUAUUUACGAUGAUGGUGUUGGGGAUGCUAGAGAUUAA